GCUGGACCGUGUAUAAAACACGGCUCCACACCGCACCCACCAUCAGACGAUCACACACCGCCUCACUACCAACAACAUGAAGUUCUUCGUGGUUGCCGCCCUGCUGGCCGUUGCCGCCGCCGACAACGCGCCCUACACCACUCCGGCGCCCACCUACGCCCCGACCUACAAGCCGACCUACGCGCCCAGGCCCGCCUACCACCCCCAGCCGGCCUACAAGCCCGCUCCCUACAAGCAGGAGAGCUACGACGAGCUGCCCAAGUACGACUUCAGCUACGACGUCCACGGAUACGGAGACUACGAGCCCGUCUUCAACGCCCAGGAGGCGCGUGACGGCUACGCCACCCAGGGAUCUUACUCGGUUGUGCUGCCCGACGGCCGUACCCAGACGGUCACCUACCGUGUGGAUGACGCCUACUCUGGCCUGAUUGCUGACGUCACCUACGAGGGUGAGGCCCGCUACGACGAGUACAAGCCCAGCUACAAGCCCGCCCCGGCCUACAAGCCCGCCCCGACUUACCAGCCCGCCCCCGCCUACAAGCCCGCCCCCUCCUACAAGCCCGCCCCUACCUACAAGCCAACCCCCGCCUACAACUAGAGAGGAGUCAAUAAUGAGCUUACUUCAAACUGUCUGCCAAACCGUGCAGUGUGUCUUACGUGUGUUUGUGUGUAUUUAUUGCAAAGCGAAUGCGAGUCAAUAAAAACAAACGAUUAUUA